AUGGCUGAAGAGAAGCACCACCAUCACCACCACCACCAUAGGGACCAGGAGAAACCGGUCGAGGCAGUUUACUCCGAGACUGCCUACGGCUCUGAUGGCGCUGGUGGUUACUAUAAAGAGACCGACGCUGUUGGUAUCUAUGGAAAACCGAAUGAAGAUUAUGUUGAGUACGAGAAAGAAAAGAAGGAACAUAAGCAUAAGGAACACCUUGGCGAGAUGGGCGCCACCGCUGCUGGUGCCUUUGCCUUGUAUGAGAAGCACAAGGCAAAGAAAGACCCCGAGCAUGCCCACAGGCACAAGAUUGAAGAAGAAAUAGCAGCAACAGUAGGGGUUGGAGCCGGUGGAUAUGUAUUCCACGAGCAUCACGAGAAGAAGGAAACCAAGAAAGAAGAAGAAAGGGCAGAGGGAAAGAAACAUCACCACCUCUUUUAA